AAAUCAAAAGCCACCGUUGUCAAGAAGAACCACAAAUUCGUCAUUGAUUGUACCGCCCCAGCCGGUAAAAUCGUUGAUGUUGCUGCCUUCGAAAAGUACCUCCACGAUCGUAUCAAAGUUGACAACAAACUCAGCAACCUCGGUUCAAGUGUCGUCAUCUCACGUGAUAAAUCAAAGAUCAUCGUCAACACCACCAUCCCAUUCUCAAAGAGAUACCUUAAAUAUUUAACCAAGAAAUUCUUAAAAUUCAAACAAAUUAGAGAUUUCUUACGUGUUGUUGCCACCACCAAAAACACCUACGAAUUAAGAUACUUCAACGUCUCAGAUUCAGAAACCUCAGAACAACAAGAAUAAAUGGUUCAAUAAAAUUAUAUAAAAAACUUUUAUAUUUUUGAACUAAUAU